AUGUACCUCGCAGGAAAGCGAACGCGCGCCACAUCGUCUGUCACAGCACACAAAAGCCACCGAGUGAUCCCGGCGCUGGUGAACAUGAAGCUGAAAUCGCUGGAUUACGGUGAUAUUAUCGAAAGUUUUACGAAUCGAUAUGAAAAUAUAGUGAAAAAGAUGCGCUUCCAGCAGCGCCAACAGCAGGAACGUGACCAGCGAAAGAUAGAGCAGAUUGCGACGAGAACGACCGCCACGACCGGUACGGUGGCCAUUGCAUCGUCGCAGGGCGGUCGCACGGCCACAACAACAUCGACCACGAGCAGCAGCGCGGUAAGCGCAACGGUGGAGCUUACCGACCGGCUCAAUGCCACCAGCCUAUCGUCCACGCUCGGUGCUGGCAAGGUUCGGCAAAUGUUCGACGAACGGCGCCAUCGGGUGGCCGGCAUCGACAAAAGCUACCCACUGCAGCCGAUCCAAACGACUUCCACGGUACCGACGGUAGCCCAUGGUAACCACUCCGUCGGCGGCAACGGCCACAGUAACGGCAACGAUGGUGGUGGUGGUGCUUCCCUGGCGCGCGGCGUGGCCAAGACGGGCCUGAACAACAAACCACGUGUCCCACCAAUAUCGGCCAGUUCCCGGACCCGCUUGAUGCAGCACCAAUCCCAGGCGCGUGGGACCAACCUACGUCAGGACAGUCUCGUGGCCAUGCAGACCACACGCAGUAACGGUGGAGACCCGGGCGCACUGAUGAUGGAUCCAAACGGUGGCUAUGAUGACAACGAUAAUUUUCUGGAACUGGAAAAGUUUCCAGAUGCAGCAUCGAUCGAUGAAGAUGGGCUAGAUACAGCGGAUCAUCUAAAUGUUAUCAACGGUAACGCAGCUCCGUCAAAGUUGGGAAAAUCAAACGGAUCGUCCACAAAGAUCUCACCCAGCAGUUCCAUUCAAAAGUCGCUGAAAAAAUCACCGAUUGCUACGACCAACUCUGUGGCAACGCGUUCACCAAACGGAUCCGCCAAAUCCGGAGUGGCCACACCACGAUCGGUUAAAUCGAACGGACCAUCGCGAACGGUCACGCUGCCAAGUCCGUCCGGUUCGGCCAGUUCGGUGCGCCGUCCGUCCUCCAUAGCCAACGGUGGCAGCAACAUGCUCGCACCGUCCAACGAACCCGUGCCGGAUGGUUUGACCCGGUGUGACAUUUGCAGUCGCAACUUUGCCACCGACCGUAUCGACAAGCAUCGCCAAAUCUGUCAGAAAACGAAGACGAAAAAGCGCAAAAUAUUCGACAUCACCAAGCACCGUGUGCAGGGCACGGAUGCGGAAAGUUUCGUGCUGCGAGGGAAAAAAUCCACCUCCAUUGGGGCGGCCACGGUGAACCGGAAACAAUCUAGUCAGCUUUCGACGGCCAGCGUCGGUGCCGGGGGAAAACCGAGCAAUUGGCGCAAGAAGCACGAAGAGUUUAUCGCGACAAUCCGUGCCGCCAAGGAGAUGAAGGCCCAUCUCGCACGGGGUGGCAAACUGUCCGAUCUGCCACCGCCGCCACCGUCGGAAAAUCCGGACUACGUCCAGUGUCCCCACUGCAUGCGUCGAUUCAAUCAAACUGCCGCCGACCGGCACAUCCCGAAGUGUGCCACGAUGCUGCACAACAAACCGAAACCGAAACCGAAGGCAUCGUCCACCAUUCGGAAAUACUGAUCAGUCCAGGCCAGGAGACGUUUCGCGGGAAUGUUUGCCAUUUGCUUGAAUGUUUUUUUUUUCUCUAACUGCAUAAUUUAAUGCUUGAUAAGGUUUGGAAAACUCGCCCUCUUAAUUGGAUGCAACCUUUUUGUGUGUCCAAAUUCCCGUACGAACGUUAUCGUUUAAAUGAACGCAAAUAGUAAACACGUGUACAAACUAACGAAAAUCCGGAUCGGAAUCCGGAUCUAACAGGAAACAAAACCAAUAUACUCAUAAAAGCAUACAUGAGACAAUGCAAACGAUAAUCAUCAUCAGCCAUAAACCUUAUACAUUAGCAGCUCAACAAAUAUAACGUCCAGCAUUUCGAAAUGGAGGAGUUGAAGAAACACCCAGAACAAAUGUCACACACGGUAUACUAACACGUGGUCGAUCCGACAAACGAAUACUAUAUACUAAAUAUGGCUGUGUGAAUGCGUCCGCGCGUCUGUGCGUUUGCAAGCGCGCGUAGCAGUGAGUGUGAGUGUGUGUGCGUGUUUGUAUGUGUGCCUGUUGGAAAAUGGAAAAAUUCAAGUGACGAAACACCUGGAUGUAUUUUUGAGCAUACAUGUAUCGAAUAAAACA